AAAGAAAAAAAGAGAAAGAAGCCAAAGUCAGUUGGUAACCAUUAAAUAUUAAGGAAGUAACUGACUAUACUUCCCUCACACCUUCUCCCCUAUAUAUAGGAUCACAGCCUCAAUGUCAACCUCAUCUUCAACUUAACAUAAAAAAGAGAAAAUAGUAAUAAGAGAGACAAAAUGUGUCUUACAGAAGGAAAGCAGAAAGCUAAUAUUGCUAAUGGCAAUGUUAAUUGCAAUGGUAAUGGUGUUAAAAGCAAUGGCUACAACAAUCACUCUUCGUCUAACAAUGAUGUUGUAAUUAGCCUUGAUAGGGGUGACCCAAAGAUCUACUACACAUAUUGGAAAAAGAUGGAUGAUAAGUGCAAAGUGACGAUAAAGGCGUCGGAGCUAAUGAGUUACUUCGGUGAUUACGACGAAGGCGGUGUGUUCUACCAGCUGCCGGAGUUCAGCAACGCAGUGCACCGGAUGCAUCGCAUAGUGGGUAACGCGGUGACCGAAGGGCGGUACAUUAUCGGAGGUACAGGAUCAUCUCAAUUAUUCACCGUAGCACUUCGUGCCUUGGCCUCCACUGUGAACGCUACAACUAAUAAUAGUGUUCUCAAGAAAAAACACAUACCCGUUGUUUGUGCUCAACCCUACUACUCGUGCUAUGAAGAGGCAUUGCAGGAAGAGAAAUCUGAGGUAUACAAAUGGCGCGGAGACGCCAACAGCUUCGAGGGGGAAGGCCCCUACAUUGAAGUGGUGACAACUCCAAACAACCCGGAUGGCAGACUACGGGAGCCAGUGGUGAAGAAGGAAGGUGGGAUGGUGAUAUGUGACCUUGCUUACUACUGGCCACAAUACACACCCAUCACUGCUGCAGCUGAUUAUGAUAUUAUGUUGUUCACCUUAUCUAAGGCUACUGGUCAUGCUGGUUCCCGUGUUGGGUGGGCGAUUGUGAAAGACAAAGAAAUUGCAGCAAGGAUGAUAAAACUAAUGUCAUUGAUCACCAUUGGAACUUGCCAUGAAGGGCAACUUCGAGCAACAACGAUACUCGACUUUAUUGCUGAUAGCUAUGAGGCGCACCUUCCUAAUGGUAAGCUUGAGGUAUCAAAACCCUUAGAAGAAGGGUUCUUUGAAUUCAGCCACCACUUGUUGGCUGACCGAUGGAAGAAGCUCAGAGCUGCAGUCAACCGCUGUGGUGCUUUCAACCUGCCUGAUUACUCUGCAGAGUAUUGUGACUUCAUGAACAAGACCACUCAUCCCAAUCCAGCAUAUGCGUGGAUGGAGUUAAAAUCGGGUGAAGAUGCUGAAAAGCUAAUGAACGAACUAAAGAUCCGAACAAGGGCUGGACCAAAGUUUGGAGUCUCCUCAAAGUAUGUAAGGGUCAGCAUGCUGGAGAGUGAUGACACCUUUAAUCAGUUUCUGGAGAGGCUUUCAACUCUUUUAUGUGCAUGAUAUAUAAAGAGUACUAGAGUAGCUAGAGAUAAUAGAAGCUAAGGUGUGCUUCGUUUAAUUAUCUCAUAGCCUCUAAUGGCCAUAAUAUGUAAUCAAAAGAUCUGCACAAUCGAUAAUAAAUAAGAUAAAUGGUGUAGAUCUAUUAAUUUCAGCAAUAUAGUGUAGCCACAUGAUCAUCCUGCAACAACUAGCUAGUGAUGUUUGGUUUGAGAAUUAUGGUAUGAUUUUCUCUUUUAUUUUUUUGGGUAACUUGUGAUUCAUAUAUAGGUUCUAGUUAUAUUGUUCUAGUUCUAAAAGACUCUUCUUAAUUGCCUUCUUAGUUGUUCUUACUUUUGU